GUUGCUGACUAUGUCAAUAAUCACGUUUUUGAUGAAUUGUGUGAAGAAUUUGAAAAUAAAAGAAAUGUCAUACAUAAUAAUUGUGUCGGUUUUGGAAUGAAAAAAAGCAAUAAAGAACACGAGAAAAACAAGUGA